GUUUAAUUAUAGGAAACUUUACGAUCGCUGAAGCAUCAACACCGUUUGUUCUUCCUUGUUCUCCGCCGCAUUGUCUCGUCUCCAUGAGAGAUCAUCAAACUCACCACCCCAAAGAAGAACCUUCUCCUUCUCCUUCUCCUUGUUCCUCUGCUUCUUCUUCCUCUUCCUCUUCUUCUACAUUCCCCGUACCACCAAUCUCUCUCUCGCUUCCCAAUUCGAAAACGUGACUUCUCAUUGAGAUCAACAACACUUAACCCUAGAUUGAUGUAUCAACCUGAUUCAUGGGUAUGUAAUUAAUCGACUCUCUUUUCUAAUUGGGAUCCCCUUUUAUAAUAACAAUGGUUGAUAAGAAUGGUUCUGCAAUUGGGUAUGUAGCUCGAAACCUCUUACUAUCCUUAUUCAUCGUCACCACCAUCUUAUUCGCACUCUCCUGUUACUUCGUAUUGCGUUCAACUGCUCGCAAUCGUUUCCUCAGCUCCACAUUCUCAUCUAAAUCAUUCGUUGAUGAUCUGAAUCUGAAAAAAGUAGUAACGAGGGAGAGAGAUGAGCAUUGUAGUAGAUGUGUUAAGGAUGGUCCUCUUAAGGUUUAUAUGUAUAACAUGGAUCCUGAGUUUCAUUUUGGAUUGUUAGAUUGGAACAAGAAGGGUAGUAGUGUAUGGCCUGAUGUUAAGAAGUAUAUACCUCCUUAUCCUGGAGGGUUGAAUCUGCAGCAUAGUAUUGAGUAUUGGCUUACGUUAGAUUUGCUUGCGUCUGAGUAUGAGAAUGCUCCUAGAGAAGUUGCUGCGAAACGGGUUUAUAACUCUACCGAAGCUGAUGUGAUCUUUGUGCCGUUUUUUUCUUCGUUGAGUUAUAAUCGGUUUUCUAAAGUGAAUCCUCAUCAGAAGAUUAGUAGGAACAAGGAUUUGCAGAGGAAGCUUGUUAGUUUCUUGACUGUUCAGGAGGAGUGGAAGAGAUCUGGUGGGAGAGAUCAUGUGGUUCUUGCUCAUCAUCCUAAUAGUAUGUUGGAUGCUAGAAACAAGCUGUUUCCUGCAAUGUUUAUACUCUCUGACUUUGGUAGGUAUCCUCCUACUGUUGCUAACGUUGAGAAAGAUGUCAUUGCGCCUUAUAAGCAUGUUAUCAAAGGUUAUGAGAACGAUUCGUCUGGUUUUGAUAGUAGACCGAUUCUGCUUUAUUUUCAGGGUGCUAUCUACAGGAAAGAUGGCGGGUUUGUGCGUCAGGAGUUAUUCUACCUCUUGCAAGAUGAGAAAGAUGUGCAUUUCUCGUUUGGGAGUGUGAGAAACGGAGGCAUAAACAAAGCAAGCCAGGGGAUGCACAACUCUAAAUUCUGCCUCAACAUUGCUGGAGAUACUCCUUCAUCGAACCGUCUCUUUGACGCUAUUGCCAGUCACUGCGUGCCUGUCAUUAUUAGUGACGACAUUGAGCUUCCUUUCGAGGAUGUUAUUGAUUACUCUGAGUUCUCGGUGUUUGUUCGUACCUCUGAUGCAUUGAAAGAGAACUUUCUAGUUAAGUUAAUUAGGGGUAUAAGCAAAGAGGAAUGGACACGAAUGUGGAAUAGAUUACAGGAAGUGGAGAAACAUUAUGAGUUCCAUUUCCCAUCGAAGCCAGAUGAUGCAGUCCAGAUGAUAUGGCAAGCGAUUGCACGUAAAGUCCCGAGUGUUAAAAUGAGGAUUCAUAAGUCUAGAAGGUAUUCUGGAUCUGCUUCUGAGACAGGGAAAGAAUCAAGAUGGUCGUCAUUGAUACCUCGGAGUUUCUGGUGAAUAAUGUUGAGAUUUUUUUGGGACAUCAAAUUGCUUUUUGUUUUCUUUUUGUGUAGAGAGAAGUUUAUGUUGGAUGAGAUGAUUUGUGAACUUUUUCUCCAAAUCAUAGGUUAUAUAGACAGAGAGAUAGUCUUUUAUUCUAAUUUGAUUUCUGCUUUUGACCAAAGAAACAAUAAUAAUGUUUGUAACUUGA